AUGCCCUUCCUAGAUGAUAAGGAAGCUCUGUGUGUGCUAGACUGCCACGUAGUGAGAGCUGGUGUGCUGGUGUUGUUGCAGGUGGGCGACAUGGAGCGCCCGAGGCGGCUGCCGCGGCCGCUGCUGCUGCUGGUGCUCGCAGCGCUGGUGGCCCCAGUGCGCGCCGGCCCACUCCAAGGGCCCCACGCGGACCCUGAGGUCGACGGCGAGGAGUCGCGCAAGGUGCUCGGCUCCAGCGUGGUGACGUCGGUGUCGGUGAUCAUGGACCUGGGCGACGGCACCAAGGCGUACCUGGCGGACGCGGUCGGGAGGCCGCUGCGGCCGGCGUCCGGGUCGCCGCCGCCGGGCUCUCCGGCGGCCCUGUUGUCGCCGGACCGGUACGAGUUCUACACGUUCGACGAGCAGGGCGACCUGGUGCGGCGCCACAUGACGCUGGCGCAGAUCCAGGGCCUGCUGGCCGCCGGCGGGCAGCCGCUGCGCCUGCGCCUCCGGCCGCGCCCGCCGCAGCCGCAGCCGGAAGACGGGCAGGCGCAGCCCGCGCUGCUCAGCGCCGAGGAGGACGCCGGCGCCGGACAGGACAGCGACGACGUGCGGCAGGUGGUCGAGAGCGUACAGAGCGUGCUGCGCGGCGCCCUCGACAAGGUGUCAUCGAGCGGCGCGCAGAAGCCGCCGCCGCCUGCAGCGCCGCAGCCCCCGCCGACAGCUGCGCCCACGCCAGCCGCCGCAACCACUGCUGCAGCACCGGCCAGCCAAAGACCCGGCAGCAGCACGCGCCGCCCUGCACCCAAUAGGCGUCCACCCAGCAGGCCGCAGUACCGUCCCAGCUCGCCCAGACCCGUCGGCCAGACAAGACGACCGCCGCUGCGGCCCGCUGCCAGCACCAUCAAGCCGGUGGUCUCCACUGCCAACAGCAUCAUCUCUACCGUCAAGCCCACUCGCCGGCCUCCACCCACCAGAUGGACUACUUCUCCCACUACCCACACAGAGGCCACAACUGUGGCAGAUAAGUCCCCGUCGAAACUACCUUACAAAACUACGACAACAGCUGCAGAAAUCGUUACUACAACUGCGUCCAGCCCUCCAAUAGUUGCCAUCACCAAGCCCACCAAAAUCAAAACAACAGUGAAGCCAGCUACAGCCAUUCCUCCAAAAGCACCCAGCACUGCAGCUACCACUACAGAACCUACUACAGCCAUUCCGAUCACUACCAUUAAGCCCACUUUCUUUAGAAAGCCUACUAUUAACACCACUACCACACCCAGGAUCACGACCACCACCACCACGACUUCUACAACCACAACUCCUACCACUAGGAUUGCCACUACCACAAGUCCAAUCCCCACUACCACAACCCCAAAACCAACGAUCACUACCACCACGAGUACCACGACCCCCGCCAGCACCACUACAACCAGUACCACAACCCCCACCACGACAACGAGUACCACAACCCCCACCACAACAACCAGUACCACAACCCCCACCACGACAACGAGUACCACAACCCCCACCACAACAACCAGUACCACAACCCCCACCGCUACAACCAGUACCACAACCCCCACCACGACAACGAGUACCACAACCCCCACCACAACAACCAGUACCACAACCCCCACCACGACAACGAGUACCACAACCCCCACCACAACAACCAGUACCACAACCCCCACCACAACAACCAGUACCACAACCCCCACCACAACAACCAGUACCACAACCCCCACCACUACAACCAGUACCACUACACCCACCAGCACCACAACCACCAGUACUACAACCCCCACCAGCACCAUUACCACCAGCACCACAACCUCAACCACCAUCACUACUACCAGUACUACGAACCCCACCAGUACCACUUCUGCCAGUACCAUGAUCCCAACUACCACCACCACCACCACAACUGAACGCAUCACUGCUACUGCAACCACUACCAGCCCAACAGCCACCACAACUGCAGAACAACAAACAGUCUCCACACAGUCUGUGGAGGUGGAACAGACGACAAAGAAAUUCUCUGUACCACCAUCGUUUGUAGAAAUAACGCCGCGACCAGUAACGAGACCUCCCACGUCUACCACAGCUUCAACAUCCACCACCGUGGGAGACACAUUACCAACUCAAGAAUCCUCCAUAUCCACGACAAUUGGGACACCGUUGUCGACGAUAGACUGGCCUAGAGAUGAAGAUAAUGCACCAGGCACUAUCAGCCAGAAUCUGGAGACGACCACAGCCGCCAGUACAGGAACAACAUCCUCACCUAAGCCUCCUGCUUCUCCUGAACCAGCUCCAGAAUCCGUAUCACUGUCAGCGCCUUUCCACGCUACCCACAAGCCGGUGUACGUCCCACAACCAGGAGAAACACCUCUCGAUGUCAGUUUCACAGCUCUUCCUCUCGACGGAAGCACGCAAAAGGGUGCAACUGAUACGGAAGAAGCCUGGAUCAAUACUGAAGAUCCAACAACAAUGCAGACUGAGGCAUCUUCUUCCGUUAGCGAAUUCCGUAACGAGUCCACCAGUGAUUCUUUGCUUCUUAGGCCUGGUAGUGGUGCAGGGAUAUCAGAAGAUGCAGUGGAUGUCAGUCCCUCGACAGAGUCAAGUACACAGUUCACUUCGACAUAUCAACCGUCACCUCUCACAACAGACAAAGAAAUGAACGCUUCACAGAUGAAUAUAAUGGCGUCCCCAGCACCCUCAACGUCACCUGCUGAUAAUUUACCCGUUGGUGAGAUAGCUUCUGAUGCUUCACAAAUUUUAAAUGUUGCAGCUGAAAUUGCAGAGAGCACAGCGGUAUCAGUUGAUUUGUCUAGUACUGAAAAAGUCAGUGAGAAGCCAGUUAUAAAUGCGUUGCAAGAUACUAGUGGUGCUGAUGAUAGCAGUUUCAAUGUGAACGCAACAGACACACAGCUGAAUGAUCUUGAGAAGUAUGGAACGCAAAAUUCAUCCAUAGUCAAGUCCUCUGUCCAGGAAUCAGAUUCAGUUCCAGAAAAACCUACCGUCGGAGCUCAGGGGACAACAGAGACAGAAGCAUCCAUAGCGCCAGAUAAUUUGACACUUUUCGAUACUACAGAAAAAUUAUCCGAACUUUCCUCGGAUGUUAUCAAUGGUUUGUCAACUGAAAAUUUGCAAUUGGAAGGACAAAAAUCGCCAGAAGGUAUGAAAGAACAGAAACCAUCUAGCGAUGCAAAUGGAUUUGACGGUGGUUUAGAAAAUAGCAACAACCUUACAGACACAGAAAGACCAGAAGAACAGGAAUUGUCCACAGAAAAAGACUUCCUAGGCAUCCAGAAUAUAAUUACUGGAGAUUCAAAUGGUGGCGGCCCGAUCCCAGUUGAGCUGCUCGAUUCACUAAGCAGCGUGUUAUCACAGGUUUCCGAUAGCGAGAAAGUAACGGAAAUCUAUGACGAGAAACCAGGCAGCAUAUCCGACUUUACUGGCAUGGAGCUCGGUGCUGUUGGCGUCAAAGAAACUAGUAAUUCUACCGGGUAUGUAAGCAUUGCCGAUUUGGGAACAAUUGCCCCUGAGGCUUUCUUCAGUGAGAGUGUGGCACAAACAAGCAGUAAUGUAGACCGUCUUCAGGAUGUUUCUACUCUAACUAGCGUUAUUGUGGGUUCUAGAUCGACAACACAAUCGACACUACUUGUAGAUGGCGCGAAUGCUGGGCAAAAAGACGACGAAGUUGCUACCAAACCAGAACCUAUCUCUGAAGCGAUUAAAAACAGCAGACCCGAAAGCGGAAGCGUUUCAGAAGAAAGCAAGUGGGAAAUGAUCUCUCAGUCCGCAGCUCAGCAAACGGGUGGUUACAAAGUAGAAAUAAAAAGUAAGGUGAACGACUCCUCGGUAAGUGAGCUGCUAUCCAGCGAUGUUGCAGCAGUUUCUGCAACGGGAUUUCGAAACGAAACCAUUACUGAUACUGACACCCUCAGUCUUGAAACUACAGAUACUACAGCAGAAAGCACUGAUACCGAUGUAGAACACUUCGUGACGCCUCAGGUAAGCGAUUACGAGACGCCGCUAUCCGAAAUUGAAGGUGCUAUCGCUACGUCAGCAGACGCACCACCUUCCGAUGUUCUAACAUCAGCGUAUGACGUAAGUGCUUCAGAUGUGGCGACAGAACACGAGGAGAUAGUGACUACAAGCGUGCACGUCGUAGGUACCAGUGAAGAGGGGGCAACCACUGGCCCUGUCCCAACUGGAGACAGUGAUAAACUUGACGACGAGGUAUCAUCAGAACAAGAAGAGAACGCAGAUACUGCUGCCGUGCAAGAAAAUGUCGCCGGACAAGAAAACAGCAGCGAUGAGCUUUUGUCAGAUGGCUCUGCUUCUGGUGCCUCUGUGCAAGUCCAUAGUGCUCCAGAAACGGCUAAGCCAGAGGAAGAAGCAACUAUGGCUUCUGACUCAGUUUCCAGCUAUACAGUCACUCCGGAAGAAGAUUCUGAUAGCGCACUGGACGUGAAGGAUAUUGCGGCAGAGAGUAGCGAUGAGUCUGGGACCACUCCUGGGCCAGGAGCGUCCAAUGCGGCGCCAGAAUUGAACGCCGACAAAACAAAGAACAAACCGCCCGUAACUAUUGUCAAAGGUCCAGAGCAGGACACGAUUACCAUGGAUAUGGAGACAACCUACUCGUCCGGCUUAAAGGAUGAAUCAAUGUCCGGGAUCCCUGUUGACACUGGUGACUUAAUCGUUUCGAAAAUAGAUUCCGGCGCCACCUCUGACUCUCAAAACGAUGAUCUGUUGCAAGAUCCGGUCACAGAGUCUCAAAAACUGCAGGAGGCUCCUGCUUCGCCUAUAUCAGCGAUGGGAGACGAUUUUAAUAAUAAAGUAGGCCCAACAGCAGAAACCUUGCCGUCAGACGAACCCGGAACAGGCGGUUCUGAAUCUGUUGGCGCGACCAAAAUCAGUGUCGUCACUGCUACGUCUUCAUCGUUAGAGAGUAUCAAGGACAGUGCUACCGUGUCACAGGAACAGAGAAUCCCUGGCGAAGGUCUUGGUACUGGAGAAACUUCUGUGCAUGUUCUCUCACAACAAGUAGCUGAAAAAUCACCAGAAUUCUCGUUGCAAAAAUUAGACGAGAAACCGCUGGUGGCCAGCAGUGGCGACAGUAGCAUCUCCCCGUUGAACAGGGACAAAGACGACGCUUCACCGUCGAAUGAUGAGGAUGGCAGCAACGCUUCGUCGUCUGAGGAUGUAGUAAGCAUUACCACGAUUAUCAGUGACUCAAAAACGAGUCCUCCGCCCACAGGAAGUAGCACUGAAAGUGGUGCAUUUACUAUCACUCCACUUCCUGCAAAUAUAGCAACAGAAAUGAAAGAAGGUCAAGAAACAACAACUCCUUCAAAAAAACUUAGUAGUAGUACUGUCAGAAUCAGCGCUACACCUGACAGUUUGAUGAGCACAUCACAACCAUCAGGAACAAUUCUAGAGACUGCGCAGUCCCUUAAGGUAGAGGCAACUGAUGACACUGCUGUUAACGCUGAAACUAUUUUAUCUCAGCAAGCUGAUGAUAAAGAUUCGCUGAAGGAUGACACGGAAGAAAUUAAACCACCGAUAAAGAAUCCCACAACGAUGUCUGUAACAGAAGAACUAGCUACUGCCAGAAUACCUGACGAUUCACCGAGUAGCUCCACUCCUGACCGAAUCAGUGCCACCACGGCUAACGAUUCUGGUGUAUAUUUGUCAGAAUUCGCCGCGGAAAGUCAAGAGCAAGACACCGUUAAAAGUACAGAACUCGAAGCCGCAGGAGGUCCAAGCUCUGCUGAGGCGACGGCAACGCCUGCUGCAAUGGCUGGAUCGAGUGGCCUUCCUGAAGAAGGCAGUGCCGCCACGUUCUCCGAGAGCGUUACAUUCAAAGAUCAACUCGCGCCUGAUUUAAGUAAUGUAAAUAAUCAGGAGACACUAGGAAUGAAUGAUGCAGUAAGUGCAGACACAGUUACCGCUCCUAACACAUCUACUCAGAACUUAGAUGAGAAGACUCCAGAGGAGAAUAUUUCAGCCGAUGCAGGAACAGACGAGCUACAAGCGUCUUCAUCGAGCAACAAUCUUCCUGGGACUGUUCUCGAAAACGACGCCAGUGAUGCCCAGGAAGAAGACGAUGUACCAGAGAAUACGACUCCAAUCUUAGAGAGCGCAGAAUCUUCGCUGAACGAAGAGUCGGAUGCUCAGAAAAUUGGCCUAGUCGAUAUUGCAUCGACAGAACCAACUUCGUCUCUGUUUGACAAGGAAGCUCAGAUGGUACCUACCGGCAGCUCGUCUGCAUCGGAGGCGCUCCACAGCAGUGAAACCUCCCUCAGUUCCAACAUCAAAUCAACUUCCGACUCAGCAACGGACUCUCAGUCCGAGGAGCAGCAUGUUGCUGAGAGUGAUUCUACUGCAGAGGUAUCGCAGAAGGAUGACGAAGACUAUUCAGGUCAUUCGGAAGAAAAAAUAGCUGCGAAGUUGUCUGACGAGGCCUCACCUGGAGUAAGUGCCUCGGGAAUUUCUGUUGUAAAGGGCGAUAAGUUAGGGGAAGGUGAAAGCAGCCUUGCAGCAUCAAGCCAAGGCGACCUGUCGUCGCAGUCACCAGGUGGAAGUGCCCCAGAUUCGACUGAGGCGGAUGUGAAGGACACAGCCACAGACGGCGAAGAGCCUAUAUUCAUAAAAAUAAAUCCUCCGCUUGCCGUAAACGGUGAUGCUGGUACUCAUGCAUCUUCAGAAAUCAAGAAAAUUCCUGUCCAGUAUCAUUCAGCUAUCGAUGUACCAAGCAGGAUACACAGUGUUGUUGCACCGACUGUGACAUCAUCUGAGGAAGUUUCCCCUAGCGCCAUCCGAGACGAGAAGCCAGCGUACGUCGUACGGAUAGAAGCGCCUGACAGGAAAGUUCCGACUGGAGAAGGGGACGGAGCAGCGCCAGAGACUGAGGAUAUCCCGGCAGUAAGUGUGCCCGAAUACGGAGACCAGUCACAGGGACAGGCCGUAGAGGGCGCGACAGGAAGUGACGGUCAGGCGACCGAUGCUCAACAUACUUUCUCCGUCGAAGACGCCUCACAGUCCCAACGCCCUCCCGAAAUCCCUUCCGCCAGUCCGAGCAUAAUAAUAGAGAGCGUGACGGCCCAGCCGGCGGCCCCGGCGCAGAGCUCUAGCCCUGCCGGCGGUCUGCUGCCGCCCGAGGUGUCCUGGCCCCAGGAGGGAGAGGUGGAGGAGCCGGAGCGGCCUCCGGUGGACCUGCGGCCGGCUGACGCGGCGCACCAGCUGGGCCUGGAGGCGACGACGGCGGCGCUGGACGGCGACGUGCGCGCCUUCGCCGACCUGCUGAACGAGCUGGCGCUGCGCCUGUGGGCCGGCGUGGCCGCGCGCGGGCUCAACACGGCGUCGGCGCCGCCGCGCUCGCUCGUGCUGUCGCCGUUCGCGCUCACCUCGCUGCUCGCCAUGGUCUUCCUGGGCGCGCGCGGGCCCACCUCCGACCAGAUGAACGACCUGCUGCGCCUCGACGACGUGGUCACCUUCAACCCGCACCUGGUGCUGCGCAACGUCACCGACUCGCUGGUGCACGGCAACCCGCCGGGGGUCGCCGCCGUCGCCUUCGUCAGGCAGCUGUACAGCGACAAGAGUAAAGGCAAGCUGCUGGAGUUCUACAAGGAGCGCGCGCAGCAGUGGUACGAGGGCCACGUGGAGGAGGCGGACUGGUCGGCGGUGGGCGACCUGGUGCGGCGGCGCACCAACCUGCUGGUGCGGCGGCAGACGCGCGGCCGCGUGCACGAGUUCGUCCGCGGCGCCGGCCUCGCGCUGCGGCCCCCGCUCGCCGCCUUCACCGCCUCCGUCUUCCAGACGGACUGCAGCGGCGCGAGCACGGAGGGCCGCGACGGGGAGAUGUACUUCACGGUGUCGCCGUCGCCGCGCCAGCGUCGCCUGGUGCCCGUGCCCGCCGCCGUGUGGAGCGAGGGCGUGCACGCCGGCUACGACCCGCACAUCGACGCCACCGUAGCGGCCAUCGGCGCGGACACGCCGGUGAGUGUGGUGCUGGCGCUGCCGGGCCAGCAGGGGCAGGUGGCGCCGGGUGACGGGCUGUCGGCGCUGGAGCGCCGCCUGCUGACGCCGGAGGGCUGGGCGCGCGCGCUGCGCUGCGUGGCGCCGCGCCGCGGGCUGCAGCUGCAGGCUCCGCGCUUCGCGCACCGCUCGCUGCUCAACGCGACGGCGGCGCUGCGCCGGCUCGGCCUGCGCGACCUGCUGACGCGGGGGCGCGCCGACCUGCGCGGGCUCAGCGGCGGCCUCGCAGACCUCCACCUCGCGGACGUGCUCGCCGCCACACAGCUCUCCACCUGCGCGGGGCACUCUGCGCACGCCGAGGUAUUCCCUCAACGUGCCGCUGGUCGAGCAAGACGAUUGGAUUAUGACGAUACAGAUGCUGAAGUUUUACAGCUACCUCUGGCACUGCGGCCACGGCAAGCACGUCGUCCUGCAGCUGCUGCACGUCUUUCCUUUAAUAGGCCAUUUUUCUAUGCUGUGCGCCACAAUCCAACUGGAAUUAUCCUACACAUGGGCCGUUUCAACCCACGCCUGAUUCACUGAAAACCUGUUAGUUGUACCGUGACUAACAGGGGAAAACUGUAUAUGGACAGUACCAACAACAUUGACUGACAAUAAUUAGGGAUGUGAUAACAGCUGCUGUUCGCUGCUCUAUACGAGUGGAUAUUCCUGACGCAGUGUCCUUUUAACACGCUGACUGCCCCAUGCAUAGUGAUGAAUGUUUCACUGUCAGACCUCUGUGUCAAGCAUGAGGUCCUGGUGUGGCUUCUGGUGGUCACACAGUAUUGGAUCUAAGGGCUCUACUGUGGUCGCUGGAAGCCUCAUGGCAGUCGUUAACACUCAAGUUUCUGUGCAGGAGGUGGGUGACUGUAGUAUGAAUGCACUUCUUAAUGAGAUAAGAACAUGUCUUAUAAUUUGUUAUUAAAUUCUGUUGUCAAAGAUCAUGCUCUGCAGCUUUCCCCAUGUUAUCUUUUGAUAAUGGCAAAAUCAAAGAAUUUUGCGGUGAAAUGUGAUAAAUGAAUUGCAAUUAGUCCAGUUGCAGUGUUUAGUAAACAUGUUAAUAAUGAGUUCUGCUGCAAACAAACACUUGUAGUUAUGUUUUGGAAGUUACUUUUGUCCUUGCAGGUUUCCGUUUUUCAUGAUCAUGGAUAUAACUUUCAGUAGUUUCUUUUACUAAUUCCUGUGCUGCACUAGCAUGGAUUAAGUGAAGAGCUUUACAGCACCACAUGGCAAAAUAAGUGAAAUAACUCUAGAAAUAAAAACAAACAACUUGCCUGUUGAUAAUAUAUUCUCAUGUCUUCAAUUUGCCUCACAUUUAAAAACAGCAGGCUGCAGAGUACUGUACACCUAAUUCUUUGUCAAGGUAUUGAAGCAAGCUUCUAGAUGACUGUGUUGACUCAAAUGAAAAUGUACAUUUAUUUUUGUUCAUUUUUAAUAUUAAGAAUGGAAGCUCUUGGCAUUUCUCAAGGGACAUAUUACACAGCAAUUUCAAAUGAAACGUAUUUUCCAAAAUGUUCUCAGGUUUUAUUCCACUGAAAAUGUACUGUGAUAAUGUGGAACAUUACAGUGCCAUUAAAAUACUCGAGAUUAUGCUGACAGACUUCCAUGCAAUAUAUUUAAUGAUUACACCCUGUGCAUAGAGGUUCUAAAGCUCUAUUCCCACUUUAAGGUGUAUCUUGUGAUAUGUAUGACCACUCUGAUGCUUUAUUUGUAUUGUAACCCUUUACAAACAUGUGACUUACAGAAUCUAUCACUCCAUACUUCAAAAUAUGCUGGCACAUUGUUCAGUUUGUCAUGAUCCAUUCCUCCAACGCAAAUGUUUUAUAGGAGCUCAUCAAAUUGCAUUUAUGUAACAUAGUCAUUAUUUUCAUACAAGACAUGCUGUACAUUAAAUAAUGCUGCUUAAUAUCUAUUUAAGGUUAAAGCAUUAUAUACAGAUAAAUUAUUUAUUAUAUUUGUUGGAGACGUUUCAAUCAAUGUAUGGAAAAACCUAUGUAAUACCUUCAUGGAUGAGCACUCGAUGGUGCAUUUUCCUAAGAGGUGUCAUUUAAAUACAAAAGAAUAAAAAUGACAAUUUGUUAUAA